AUGCGCUUCACCCAGCUCACACUCUUCACCCUCCUCACGGCACACGGCCUCGCCGCGCCAGCCACCCAGAAACCAGACGAAAACUCGUUCGCCAAGGAGAGUGGCUCCUCCAUCGCCGCGGGCAAGACACCGCCCUUCAACCCAAAUUGGCACUACUGCCAGACAAAGUGCGAUUGCGCAAAGAGAUUCGACAAGAGCACGCAGGGAGAAGAUCUCUUUCAGUGCAUCACCGAUCCCAACUGUGAGCAGUGUGCGAGGAACGGCAUGACCCCUUCCGACGGUUGA